AGUAGCCGCGGUGGCGGCGGCGCCAGAGAGCUGAAGGCGGCGUAAGGGCGCGGAGUUCCGGGCCGAGCAGCCAGGCCGCCAGCGACGGUGGCGCCGAGCCGAUGAGUCAUCCGAAGCCCCGAGAAGGCACAUCACCUGCCCUUGGGCACUUCUAGCCCAGCCACCCUCAAACCAGGUGCCCUGGUAGAGGAGCCCGAAGCCCCGGCGCCAUGUUUGGGAAGAGGAAGAAGCGGGUGGAGAUCUCGGCGCCAUCCAACUUCGAGCACCGCGUCCACACGGGCUUCGACCAGCAGGAGCAGAAGUUCACGGGGCUGCCCCGCCAGUGGCAGAGUCUGAUCGAGGAGUCGGCCCGCCGGCCCAAGCCCCUCAUCGACCCCGCCUGCAUCACCUCCAUCCAGCCCGGGGCCCCUAAGACCAUCGUGCGGGGCAGCAAAAGUGCCAAGGAUGGGGCCCUCACGCUGCUGCUGGACGAAUUUGAGAACAUGUCGGUGACACGCUCCAACUCCCUGCGGAGAGACAGCCCGCCACCCCCCGCCCGUGCCCGCCAGGAAAACGGGAUGCCCGAGGAGCAGGCCACCCCAGCCAGAGGGGGCCCAGAGAAGUCUGGUGGCCGAGGCCGGGUCACUGGCCGCAGCGAGGCGGGUGGCGGCAGUGGUGACAGGCGGCGGGUGGGGCCCGAGAAGAGGCCCAAGUCCUCCAGGGAGGGCCCAGGAGGGCCCCAGGAGUCCUCCCGGGACAAACGCCCCCUCUCUGGGCCUGACGUCGGCAUCCCCCAGCCUGCCAAUCUGGCCAGUGGGGUGAAGCUGGCGGCCGGCAGGCCCUUUAACACGUACCCACGGGCCGAUACGGACCACCCGCCCCGGGGAGCGCAGGGAGAGCCUCACAGCAAGGCCCCGAACGGGCCCUCGGCAGGGGGCUUGGCUGCCCCCCAGUCCUCCUCUUCCCGGCCUCCCACCCGAGCCCACGGCACCCCCAGCCCCGGCGUGCUGGGCCCCCACGCUUCCGAGCCCCAGCUGGCCCCUCCGGCCCGCGCCCUCGCCACCCCCGCCGGGCCCCCUGCUGCCGGGCCCCCUGGACCCCGCUCACCCCAGCGGGAGCCACAGCGAGUGUCCCAUGAGCAGUUCCGGGCUGCACUUCAGCUGGUAGUGGACCCCGGGGACCCCCGCUCCUACCUGGACAACUUCAUCAAGAUCGGGGAGGGCUCCACGGGCAUCGUGUGCAUUGCCACCGUGCGCAGCUCCGGCAAGCUGGUGGCCGUCAAGAAGAUGGACCUGCGUAAGCAGCAGAGGCGUGAGCUCCUGUUCAACGAGGUGGUGAUCAUGCGGGACUACCAGCAUGAGAACGUGGUGGAGAUGUACAACAGCUACCUGGUGGGCGACGAGCUCUGGGUGGUCAUGGAGUUCCUGGAGGGCGGCGCCCUCACCGACAUCGUCACCCACACCAGGAUGAACGAGGAGCAGAUCGCGGCUGUGUGCCUGGCCGUGCUGCAGGCCCUGUCUGUGCUCCACGCCCAGGGCGUCAUCCACCGGGACAUCAAGAGUGACUCGAUUCUGCUGACCCACGAUGGCAGGGUGAAGCUGUCAGACUUUGGGUUCUGCGCCCAGGUGAGCAAGGAGGUGCCCCGGAGGAAGUCGCUGGUGGGCACACCCUACUGGAUGGCUCCGGAGCUCAUCUCCCGCCUUCCCUACGGGCCAGAGGUGGACAUCUGGUCACUGGGGGUCAUGGUGAUUGAGAUGGUGGACGGGGAGCCCCCCUACUUCAACGAGCCACCCCUCAAAGCCAUGAAGAUGAUUCGGGACAACCUGCCGCCGCGACUAAAGAACCUGCACAAGGUGUCGCCGUCCCUGAAGGGCUUCCUGGACCGCCUGCUGGUGCGCGACCCGGCCCAGAGGGCCACGGCAGCCGAGCUGCUGACGCACCCGUUCCUGACCAGGGCCGGGCCGCCCGCCAGCAUCGUGCCCCUCAUGCGCCAGAACCGCACCAGAUGAGGCCAGCGCCCUGGCCCUGAACCAAAGAGCCCCAUGGGUCACUCUGCCCUGCCGGAGGCCAGUAGGGCAGCGUCCCCACCCCUCCCAGCCCACGAGGCACUCCGUGUGUCGCCACCUCCUCACGGGAGGCUGUGUGGGACCCACUACUGAACUCUGGUUUUGGACUUUGUGACUUUGAAAACCACAGGGACUUGGAGCAAGUGAGGCUCCUAGGACCCCCCACCCUCCGGGGCAGGCCCUCCCCUGUGUCUGUCUCCAGGACAGAUGGAUGGACGGAUGGUGGCCCACACGUCACUGGGAACCUGCAGCAGGGUCGCUGCAGGCGGGGACAUAUGGAAGGUGUGUGAGUGCGCGUGCCUGCGUGUGCACCUGGCAGUCCCUCUGUCCUCAGCCCGCAGGUGGGCGUCUCUGAGACCUCGCCUGGCCUCCAGCCUCCUGAGCCAUUGUGGAGGUCCAUCAUGAAUGUCUGAGAGUGGCCUUCUCCAGAGCCCGCACCCCUGGGGCUGCAGGGGUCAGGGGGCCGCCCCAGCCCCGCCUCUGCAGCUCGUGACUACUGCACCAGACAGCCUCGGUUUUCUAGAGAUCUAUUUAUAUUGUCAUUUUAUAACACUAGCCCUGCCCCCAACUGGGGACAGACGAUCCUUGUUCUGUGGGGUGGCACAGGGACAGAACCACUGCCUGAAGAUCGGGUUCCUGCCCCGCCCUCCCCUGCCAAGUCAGUUUUACAAUUAAAACAUUUUCUUGUUUUGU